UCUUUUAGCCCGCUAGCAAGAUGGGUAUAUCCCGAGAUCAUUGGCAUAAGAGACGUGCUACUGGAGGCAAAAGGAAGCCUCUGCGUAAGAAGAGGAAGUUCGAGUUAGGACGUCCUGCUGCAAACACCAAACUUGGUCCUCAGCGUAUACACACUGUUCGUACCCGAGGAGGAAACAAGAAGUUCAGAGCACUCCGUUUGGAUACCGGCAACUUCUCAUGGGGAUCAGAAGGCUCCACCCGCAAAACCCGUAUUAUUGAUGUUGUAUACAAUGCUUCCAACAACGAGCUUGUACGUACCAAAACUCUCGUCAAGAAUGCCAUUGUCACCAUCGACGCCACUCCAUUCCGUCAAUGGUACGAGUCGCAUUAUGUUCUACCACUGGGACGUAAACGAGGAGCUAAGCUGACAGAAGCAGAAGAAGAAAUUCUGAAUAAGAAACGAUCAAAGAAGACGGAACUAAAGUACAAGGCAAGACAACGUUUUGCCAAAGUAGAACCUGCACUUGAAGAACAAUUCGCAACUGGGCGUGUUCUUGCUUGCGUGGCCAGCAGACCCGGACAAUGUGGAAGAGCCGAUGGCUACAUUCUGGAAGGCAAAGAACUCGAGUUCUACAUGAGAAAGAUUAAGAGUAAGAAGGCAAAGUAAGCUUGUAACCAUCCACAAGUGAAUAAAACAUUAUACAAAAAAUAAA